AUGGCGGAGGGCUCCUCGUCCGACCCACCACCCGGGUGGGAGCGCCUGGACAAGUACGCAAAGGACAUUCGCCGCGCGCUCGAGGACGGCGACACCGCGGCGAUGGGAGAGGAGCUCGAGACGCCAGUCUCUCGGCUGCUGGCCCUUGAUGUGGAGGGCGCAAGUCUGCAGCCACACGUGGCUGACGCGCUGCGUCUGGCGCAGUACGCGCUGCGCGGCUCCGAGGCGGUGCACUCGGCGGAGGAGGACCUGGACGACGUGCGGCUGAGGAACAAGGACCUGCUCAAGGACCUCGCGCGCAAGGAGGAGCGGGAGGAGGACCUGCGCCGCGACCUCGACAAGCUGCGCACCCGCACGCGCGAGGAGGGCGACGAGAAGCGGCAGAUGGAGGAGGACCUGCGGGCGAGCGCAGCCGCGAGGAGGAGCGGGCCGCGGCUGCAGGACCAGCUCUCUGCCGCGGAGAAGGCGGAGGGCGAGCAGCGGUCGCGCGUGGCCGAGCUCGAGGCGGAGCUCGAGGAGGAGGAGAAGGAGCAGGAGGCGCUCACCGCCGAGUACGACGCCGCCAUCGCGCAGCUCAAGGCGGAGGUCCGCUCCCGUGGCCGCGCCCUCGAGGAGAAGGACGCGGCGCUGCGGCAGGCCGAGGCGAGGGCGCAGGCGGCGGCCGAGGGCUCCGCCCUCGCCGCGCGCGAGGAUGUGAUCGUCGAGCUGCGCGCGCGGAUGGCCGAGUACGAGGUUGGCGUGUACGGGCUGCGCGAGGCGGCGCAGGAGACGGAGCGCGUCAAGGGGACGCUGGCGGCGCGCGACGAGGAGGUGCGCGCGCUGAUGGCGCAGCGCAACACGCGCGAGGGGCAGCUGGCCGACUUGGCCGAGGAGGUUGCGUGGCUGAGGCAAAAGGCGGGCGUGGAGGAGGGGGCGGGCACCGGCGUCGACCUCUCGCAGCUGCGGCUCAAGCACCAGGUCGAGCUCGAGAAGCUGCGCGCCGCCAACAUGGGCCUCGAGGAGGAGCUCUCCGAGCUCGAGGAGGAGCGGCUGCGCCUCAAGAAGCAGCUGCGCGUCAAGGCGCUCGGCCGCGGCGAGCGGGCAGCCCUGCUCGAGGUGCCCGUCGAGAAGCUGGCCGCCCUCGAGGAGAUGGCCUCCGCCCUGGACCAGGACCCGGACUUCGAGGGCGCGAGGGCCGACCUGGCGGCGGCGGCGGCGGAGCUGCAGGCGGCCGAGGCUCGCGCUCGCGCGGCGGAGCGCUCGCGCGUCUCUGCGGUGACCGACAAGCAGCAGCUCGAGGCGGACGUCGCCACGCUCACCGCCGCGCACACCGGCGGCUCGGCGCAGGCGGCGGCGCUGCGCGAACUCGUCGCCGAAGCGGACGGCGGGCUGCGCAGCCUCACCGCGGCUCUGAGGGAGGCGGCGGCGCCAGAGGCGCCGCCGAAGCGCGUCGCCGCGGCCGCGGCCUCUGUGAGCGAGCUGACGGGCGCCAAGCGAGACGCCUCCAUCUCUCCGACCCGCCUCAAGAAGACGCUCGCGCAGUCCGAGGAGCCGGCGGAGCUGCUGCUCGCCGCCGUGAGCGCGCAGCUGCUCGAGGCGCGCGCCAUGCUUGCGCAGCGCGAGGCCGAGGCGGAGGAGAUGGGGCGCGAGCUUAGCGGCUACGCGGCCUCGUACAAGCGCGUGGCCGAGGCGCACCAGCUGCUGUACGCGUCGCACGUGCGGCAGGUGGGCGAGCUGGGCGACAAGCUCGGCAAGGCGGAGGCGCGCGCAGAGGGCGCAGAGGCGCGCGUCGCCGACGGGGCGGCGCAGAUCGAGACGCUGUCGGCGAUGGCGGCGGCGAUCGAGGCGUCGGACGAGGAGGAGCAGCGGGCCGCCCUCGCCUCGAUGGGCCGCCGCCUGACGGCGAUCCGCGUCAAGGAGCUGCAGGCGGACCGGCAGCUGCGCGCGCAGGCCGCGGGGGCGGAGCACGAGGCGGUCGCCCUGCGCGCCGAGGGUGCCACCCUGCGAGAGCAGCUCGCAGUCUCGCAGGCCAGCGCGCACGCCGCCGCCCAGGCCGCCGCCGAGGCCCACACCGCCCUGCUCCACUUCCAGCCCUCUCAGGCUGCGGCGCUCAGCCGCGCCGAGGCGGCGGAGGGCGUGCUCUCCCGGGCUCAGGCGGAGCGCGCGGCGUUCGCCGAGCGGCUUCAGGUGGUCGAGGCGCCGGUGGCGGAGAUGCGAGCGGAGCUGCUCUCGGCGCAGGAGCGCGCCGUCGCUGCCGAGGCGGCGCUGAAUGCCGCAAAGGCGGCGUCCGCCGCCGGCGGCGGCUCGACAGAGGCUGGCGGCUCUGCCCGCGAGGUGGCGGCGCUGGAGCUCGAGCUGUCUGUGGUCCGGGCGGAGCUGGCUAGCUCGCGGGAGACGGAGCGCAUCGCUGCGAGCCAGGCGGCCGAGCUUGCGGCGCGCGCGCAGCUGGACGAGAAGGAGAACGCCGCCUUGCGCGCGGCGACGCUGCAGCUGCAGGCUGCGUCCGACGAAGGGGUCGAGCUCGGCGCGAUGCAGUGGGAGGUGAUCACGGCCAAGCGGGAGGCGGGCGAGGCGCAGCAGAGAGAGGCGGCGGCGCGGGGCCGGCUCCACCACGUGCAGGCGGCGCUGCACCGCGCGCACCUCGAGAUCGACGCGACCGCCGCCGCCGGGCACGACGCGGCGGCGCGGCUCGCCGUCGCAGAGCAAGAGCACAGUCGCGCCCUCUCCGAGGCUCGCGCGCAGGCCGCGUCGAACGUGCCGCUGUCGCAGCUCGAGGCCGCCACCGCCAAGGCGACGGACGCGGCGCGGCGGGCGGCGGAGGCGAUGAGCGCCGCGCGCGAGGCGGCGGGCGAGCGCGAGGCGCUCGAGGGCCGCACGCCAGAGGAGGCGGCGGAGCGUGUGACGCUCGCUCAGCUGGCGGAGGAGAAGACCGCGCACAAGGACAAGGCGAGCCUGGCCGCACGCCAGGCGGCGCGUCGGGAGGCGUCUCUCCUCUCGGAGCUCUCGGAGAUGCGCGCCAAGGUCUCGCAGGCGGCGCUGCAGGCGGGAGCGCCUGCGAGCACUCCGACGGAGGAGGCGCCGCUCGCCUUCCGCAGCCGGAGCCGGCUGGUCCACACGCCUCUGCCGGUCGAGGGCGAGGCGGAGGCAGCCACUGCUGCCGGCGGCGGUGCGGAAGCCGCCGAGAGCGAGACCGUGCUCGAGCUGCAGGCGCAGUUGGCGGCGAAGCAGAGCGACCUCACCUUUGCCCAGUCCGAGCUCAACUCGGCCAAGGCGGAGCUCGCUGAGGCGCGUGCGGAGCUCGCGGCGGAGAGCGAGGCGCUCGCUCGCAAGGUGGCGCUGAUCGGCGAGCUCCAGGAGGGCCACGCCGCGGAGGCACGCGAGGCGGCGGAGAGCGAGACGAUCCGCGGGCUGCACGCAAAGGUGCGGCGGCACGAGGAGAGCGAGGAGCGGUACCGCGGCAUGCUCGAGGCGUCGCGCGAGGCGCUGCGCAAGGAGAAGGCCGCCGGCGCGGCCGAGGUGGAGCGGCUGCACGAGCGGCUCUACCAGCUGCAGCACUCCGGGAUCGUCGAGCUGCAGUCCGAGCUCGCCAAGGCGGACGAGGCGCCGAAGGUGAGGGCGGCGGCGGGCUCGGCGCUGCCGUGUGAGCAGCUCGAGGAGCUGCUCGUGGAGAAGGACGCGGUGAUCGCCAAGCUGACGGUCGACGCCGAGGGGGCGGGCCGCGAGGCCGCCUCGCUGCGGCAGCGGGUCGAGGAGCUGCGGCAGCGGCUCGAGGAGCAGGCCAAGGAGAUGGAGCGGCUCGGCUCGGCGGUCGAGGCGGAGCGGCGGCGUGAGCCAACCUCGGCGAUGAGCUCGCAGCUCUCGCAGCUCCGCUCGAUGGCGCGGCGCAAGGACUCGGAGCUGAGCCGGAUGCGGGGCGCGAUGGCGGAGCUGCGCGAGGAGAUGCAGCUCGUCGCCAAGGAGAACGCCGAGCGCGCCGCGCGCGCCGACGAGCUCUCCACUCGGCUCGAGGCGCGGGCGGCGGACCAAGCGGCAGAGGAGCGGCUGGGCGAUCGGCUGACGGUGCUGCAGGAGCGGCACACGAAGCUCAUCAACGAGACGCGCAACCUCAAGGCGCGCGAGGAGGCGGCGCGCGCGCGCGCCGAGGCGCUCGAGCCGCAGCUGCUCGAGGCAGAGGGCCUCGCAGCGCGGCAGGCGGAGGAGGCGGCGCGGAUGCGCGCCCUCGUGAGGGAGGCGGCGGGCCGCGCGGAGCGGGCCGAGCAGGCGAACACGACGCUCGCCUCGCAGCUCGCCCUGCGCACGCACGCGCUCAACACGAUCGAAGGGGCCGACGUCGAGCGCGCGGCGGACGGGGGAGAGGACGUCGAGGCGGCCAAGGUGAGGAAGGUGGAGGCGGCCCGUGAUCUGGCGGUCGCCGAGGCGAACCGGCUCCGCUCGCAGCUCCGGCAGGCCGAGAAGCAGCUGCACCAGCUCAAGGCAGCGGCCGCGAGGUGGGAAGCGGAGAAGCGGCUGCAGCGGCGGCUCGAGGUGCUUCGCUCCAAGCUGCAGGACAAGACGGCGCAGCUCUCGGAGGCGCAGGCGGAGCUUGCGCGCACGCGGGAGCAGCUGGCGGAGGCUCUCGCACGCGAGGAGGGGACGCGCCGGCUGGCGACCCGCGCACAGGAGGCGGCGGCGCGCCACGGGGUGGAGAAGUCGAGCGCGGUGGCGGAGGCGCUCGAGGAGAUGCGCUCGCGCGAGGCUCUCUCACGCGAGCUAGCCGCAGCGCAGCAGGCGCUCCACGAGGCGACGGCCGCUCCCUCCGGCAAGGCUGCGGGCCAGGCCACGGGGGGCGCGAGGGUGGGCGACCUCACCGCAUACCAGGCCGUGCUCCUCGCCGCAAGCAGCCAGUCGGGCCGGGCCGGUGGCGGCGGCGGCGGGCGAGGCCGCGGCCGAGGAGGUGGCGCGGCGGGCGGCGGGCGGGAGGAGGCGAGUGCCGUCGUGGAGCGGAUGGGGCGAGUGGUGCAGCGGCUGCAGGCGGAGAACGCGGCGCUGCAGAAGAAGACGGUGAGCAACGUCGAGCACGUGCGGCUGACCAAGGAGGCCAAGGCGCACAAGGCGCGCGCCGCCGCGCUGCAGAUCGAGCUCGACGCGGCGGCGGCCAAGGCGGCGGCGGCGCGCAGCGAGAUUGAGCGCGCGGGCAAGUACUGCCGCGAGCGAGACGAGGCGCGGAGAGCGCUCAAGGCGGAGGAGGCGCGCAGCGAGGCGCUCGGCCAGAGGCUCUCCGACGAGGCGCAGGCGCGCGCCGCGGCGGAGGAGGCGCUGGCGGCCGCCGGCGCGACGGGCGCGGGCGACGCGGCGGUGGAGCGGCUGCAGGAGGCGUUGCGGGAGGCGCGCGAGGAGCUGCUCCACAAGGGAGGCCAGGUGGUGGAGCUGGGCACGCAGCUGCAGGAGGCGCUCGCCGCCGCAGACGAGGCGACCCGCCGGGCCGAGGUGCUCUCUGCCGACGGCGGCCGGAUGGCGGCGGAGCUGGAGGCGGCCCAGCAGCGAGCCCUCCAUGCCGCGCAGCCCUCUCUUGAGGAGGGCCGAGGCGGCGAGUACGCCAACCGGCUGGAGGCUGCGCUCGCGCAGCUCCACACCGAGCACGAGGCACUGCGAGCCGAGCGCAACGCGCUCGCGGAGGAGCUGGCCGCGCUGACGCCCGAGUUCUUCGAUGAGGUCGAGGACCUCAAGUACAACUACGCGCAGGCGCAGGCCGAGCUCGAGCGGCUCGAGCUCAGCGUGUACGUAAUCGUGAGCUAG